AUGGGACAGCUGCUGUUUGCAAUACAUCUUUCGCAUAUCUUUGUCAAUCAAAUCACUUUAAUCGACGCUCUGAAAACGACUUCGCUCAAUACACCAUGGCUUAUCGGUUCAUAUCUCGUCGCUAACGGAGUUUCCGUUCUGAUCUCGGGGUCCUUGGCAGAUCUUAUUAGUCCGAAACAUCUCACCUGUGCGGCCUUCAUCUGGCUUACUCUUUGGAAUCUUAUCGCAAUGUCUGGCUUGGCCGUUGGAACCCUUUGCUCCGCGGCAAUGAGCAUGCUCGGGAGGGUUUACAAUCCCGGUCUACGGAAGAACCGAGUAUUUUCUUUGAUGGGUGCCAUGAUUCCCCUCGGGUUUGCCAUCGGGUUCAUACAGGGCGCAUCCAUCUUGUCUCUGGCAUGCCUCGUCGCCGCUAUCUGGUGUAUUCCUUCUCUCCCCAAUGAAUCAUUGUCUUUGAAGGACUUUGACUACAUAGGAGCUGCAGCAGCAAUUCUUGGAUGCGGAUUGCUCAUCUUUGGUCUCACUCAAGGAUCGCCUGCGCAGUGGACUCCAUACACUUACACCCUUGUCAUCAUCGGAGUUGCCUGUUUAGCCAGCUUCGGUCUCAUUGAGAGCCGCGUACGGCGGCCGCUGAUCGACAAUCGCCUUUGGAAGACUCCUGGAUUCUUUCCUUUGAUCUCGUCCUAUUUCCUAGGAUACGGUGCUUAUGCCGGAGCCUGGCAAUUCUAUGCGGUGCGCUUUCUGCUUACCAUCCAGCAAAAGCCACCCAUCAUUGGACACGUUAUCAUGAUGGGAAGUAUGCUUGCAUUUGCCACAGGCCCUGCUUUCUUCUUACCUCAACAAGCGGGUACACUUUAUUGGGCGCUCUCAUUUCCCUGCUUCAUCGUAAGCACAUUUGGGCCGGAUAUGUCGUUCGCAGCUGUCUCCGUGUUCAUCACGUCGAACGUGCCCAGAUCGUACCAAGGUGCUGCAGGAAGCUUGGUCAUCACUGCGCAAAACCUGUCCACCGCUGUACUCGCGGCAUUGGGAGACACUAUUGGGGAAAAGAUCACAGGGCAGCCGGGGGGUUCCCUAGACUUAAUGGCCCUGCGUUCCAUCUGGUGGCUGAGCCUGGCGACCGCUCUGACAGGCGCUUUGAUAUGUGGUUUCUUCGUCAGAAUACCAAGGAGUGAAGAGAAGGAGCAUAUCAGCUGA